UGUAGUGGAAAUCAAGACUGUUCUCAGGGCGGGUCUGCCGGUUUUGACUAGCAUAAGUGAAUUUUCGUGGCAGAAUUAGAUCAAGUUUAGGAAAAGGGUUACGGUUAGUUAAAAUGCAAAAAUUGUCCCAUCGCGAUUCCAACAUACUGUAUCUAGCUACAACCAGGUCUGCCCUGAGAACACUCUUGGUUUCCACUAAUGCGAUCACAACAGUUGAUCGAACUGUUGUGAUCACGAUUCGUCCUGUCUUGCUCGGGACUAGUCUGACUGUGCUUGAAAUACAUAUCUGAAGAUAGGGCGGCUACGCGACUUCGCAGGAAUUUACCUAAUGCAAUUUAUUCAUACAGGGAUGUCCAAGGAGACCAACACACAGGAGCAGUGACAUGGCUGCUGACGACAAAUCCUCCUCCUCGUCCUCUACACUGGAUUGGAGUGUGGAGCCUCCUAUUUCCCCUGGCAGCCCAUCCCACCUGACACACUUCAAACCCCUGACUCCAGAGCAGGACGAGCCCCCGCUCCGAUCAGCCUACAGCUCCUUCGUCAACCUGUUCCGCUUUAAUAAAGAGGAGGGGCGGCCACCCUCAGUGACAGAGAAACCGGAUGUGGCUGUGGCGUCACCCACUGGGGAGCGUAGGAACUGGACCAGCCCAGCACACUCCAUCCACGGCUCUGGGGCCCAUAGCAAACAACACCACGAUCUGCUACGCAGGACUUCUACUGCCUCAGUGGACUGGCCAUUAUGGCCUGGUGAGGAGGGCCGUAGGAAAUCGGAAACCCCCCUGGGCACUCACGAUCCCCGUACGGCUGUUCAGCUCCGCACCGCUCUAAAGAGACUCAAGGAGAUCAUGGAGGGAAAGAGCCAGGACAGUGACCUGAAGCAGUACUGGAUGCCAGACAGCCAGUGUAAGGAGUGCUACGACUGCAAUGAGAAGUUCACCACCUUCCGCCGCCGCCACCACUGCCGGCUCUGUGGCCAGAUCUUUUGCAGCCGCUGCUGCAACCAGGAAAUCCCUGGCAAGUUCAUGGGCUACACGGGAGACCUGCGGGCCUGCACCUACUGCCGUAAGAUCGCUCUGAGCUACGCCCACUCUGCAGACUCUGGCUCCAUAGGGGAGGACCUGUCUGCUCUGUCUGACUCCUCCCCCUGCUCCACCUGUGUCCUGGAGCCCAGCGAGCCUCGCACCCCAGUCGGUGGACGGAAGGCCAGCCGCAACAUCUUCCUAGAGGAGGACCUGGCCUGGCAGAGAGUUGAAGAGACAGAGGAGAGAGAAACAUUGAGCGUUCUUCAUCCCCCAUAUCCUCUCCUCUCCAUGUCCUGUCCUCUCCCUCCCUGCCCACUCCAUCCUUCUCCUGUCUCCUCCGCCUGUCCUCCUUUUCAUCACUUGUGUACUGGAAAAACUCCCAUUGGGAUGAGAAAGAAUUUGAUUCACCAGGAGUCUCAGAACAGUGGCAUGAAUUCUAGACGCACCACGCUACAAGAGGAUGGAGGCAAGUCACCAAUAAGGAAGCGGUCAGCCAGUGUGACCAACCUGUCCCUGGACCGGUCUGGCUCCUCCAUGGUGCCCUCCUAUGACAGCUCAGUGAGCCCACAGACCAGCAGGGCCAUGCCCAAACCUGACCACAGCGAAGAGGAGAGGAAGAUACUGUUGGACUCGUCCCAGCUCAAAGACCUGUGGAAGAAGAUUUGUCACAACAGUACUGGUAUGGAGUUCCAGGACCACCGCUACUGGCUCCGUACAUACCCCAACUGCAUUGUGGGGAAGGAGCUGGUCAACUGGCUGCUAAGGAAUGGAACCAUCUCUACCAGGGCCCAGGCGAUAGCCAUUGGCCAGGCUCUGGUAGAUGGUCGUUGGUUGGACUGUGUCACUCACCACGACCAGCUGUUCAGGGAUGAGUAUGCUCUCUAUCGCCCCCUCCAGAACACAGACUUCUCUGAGACCCCGUCUCCUGACAGUGACAGUGUCAACUCUCUGGAAGGACACUCAGAACCUUCCUGGUUCAAAGACAUCAAGUUUGACGACAGUGACACAGACCAGGUGGCUGACGAGAAUGACUAUGUCAUGCCGAGUACGCCCAACUCGUCCAGUCCCAGUAAGAGGACGUCAGUCAGCAGUUUCCAGUCAGCGGUGGACAGUGACUCAGCUGCCUCCAUCAACCUCAAUAUGGAGCAGGACAAUGUCAACUUCCACAUUAAGAAACAGUCCAAGUACCCGCAUGUACCUCCGCACCCUACGGAGCAGAAAGAGUACCUGGUCUCAGAGGACGGAGGACAGAAUAUCUCCAUCAGCGACGCCUUCAUCAAAGAGUCCCUGUUUAACCGUCGUGUGGAGGAGAAGGUUAAAGAGAUGCUGUUCACUCCUCUGGGCUGGCACCACAGCUCCCUGGACCAGCUCAGGGAGGAGAAUGGAGAGAAGAAGGCAAUGGAGAGGCUACUCUCUGCCAACCACAGCCACAUGAUGGCGCUGCUGCAGCAGCUGCUGUACAGCGAGUCCCUGUCCCUCUCCUGGCGUGACAUCAUUGUUCCCGUGGUGAGGCAGGUGGUGCAGACGGUACGGCCGGACGUUCGCAGCUGUGAUGAUGACAUGGACAUCAGACAACUAGUCCACAUCAAGAAGAUUCCUGGAGGGAAGAAGUUUGACUCUGCCGUAGUGAAUGGUUUUGUCUGUACCAAGAACAUUGCCCACAAAAAGAUGAACUCGUACAUCAAGAACCCCAAGAUCCUGCUGCUGAAGUGUUCCAUAGAGUAUCUCUACAGAGAGGAGACCAAGUUCACCUGCAUUGACCCCAUCGUGCUUCAGGAGCGUGAGUUUCUGAAGAACUAUGUUCAGCGUAUAGCGGACGUGCGUCCCAACCUGGUGCUGGUGGAGAAGACUGUGUCUCGUAUCGCUCAGGACAUGCUGCUGGAGCACGGGAUCGCACUGGUCAUCAACGUCAAACCACAAGUCUUGGACAGGGUGAGUCGUAUGACCCAGGGGGACCUAGUCAUGUCUAUGGACCAGCUGCUCACCAAGCCUCGACUGGGAACCUGCCAAAAAUUCUACCUACACUCCUUCCAGCUGGCCAACAAUGAGUUGAAGUCUCUGAUGUUCUUUGAGGGCUGCUCUCCCCAGCUGGGCUGUACCAUAAAGCUUCGCGGUGCGUCUGAGUACGAGCUGGCCAGGGUUAAAGAUAUCAUCAUCCUCAUGGUGUGUGUGGCCUACCACUCCCAGCUAGAGAUAUCCUUUCUCAUGGAUGAGUUCGCCAUGCCUCCCAGCCUGGCCAAGACCAACUCCUUCCCCUGUCUCCUGGAGAGCACUACCGUCGAGGAGGAGGAGGAGAGCCAGGGCGAGAACCAGGAAAAUGGGACCGACCAGAGCACCCUCUCCCAGGGAGGAGAGACUGUGCUGGGGGAGAAGGAGGAGGAGGAGGAGAAGCCUUCCCUUCGGAAAUCUGUAUCAGAGUCCUCCUCGCCUAAAGAUGUCAAUGGUGUAAAAGUAAACAAAAACCACUUCCUGUCCUCCUCUUCCUCCCUGGGGGCCGAGGGGCUGGAGUCAGCAGAGGUCAUGACCUCCACGCCAUUGUCCAAUCGCCCGGUGCUGCAACCUCCAGUGUCCCCACCCUAUCUCAUUGAUGACCUGGAGGAGUUGGCAGAUGAGAUUGGGCCGGGGAAGGGGGAGACUGAGGGGGGGAGCGGGUCGGGGGUUCUGGGGAGGGGUGAGUCGCGGGAGGAAAGCUCGGGUUCGGAGACGCCCCCCAGGCUGUUCAGAGACCCCCUGCAGGAUGACACAGGGCUGUUUGUCACAGAGCAGGUGGCCUCGACGGACGACCGUCUCAAGACACUUACGGCAGGCUUCAAACAGGAGCUGAAGGACAUCAUCCUUUGUAUCUCCCCAUUCAUCACCUUCACAGAGCCCUUCCUCCUCACGCCUGCUGGCCUACGCUGCCCCAGCAGAGACUACUUUCCUGAAAAGGUGUACCUCUCCCCGCUGCUCAACAAGGACUUCAAAGAACUAGACUGUCGACGUAAGCGACAACUCCUCAAAGACUCCGCCCCGUCAGGUGGAGGCAUCGCAACCGGAGGCCAUCCCCCCCGCCCCAUCCAGGUGUUACCCUCCCACCACCUUACCAGCGCCCGCAUCGCAGAGCAGCUGGGCAGCAGCCAGGACCUGGCCAAGAUGCUGGCAGACUACCGUGCCCAGGGGGGCCGCCUCCGACAGGAGGCAGACCCCUUCACCCAGCCCCUAACCCAGCCACCAGUCCUGGAGGCUCCACCGCCCAAGCACCCCGUCAAGGCUGAUAGUGAGGACGAGAAGCCAGCGGGACAGAACGACAUGACCUGGGCCUCCAAGCUGGACUGCCUGAACCCGGUGAACCACCAGAGACUGUGUGUUCUGUUCAGCAGCUCCUCAGCCCAGUCCAACAACGCCCCCAACCCCUGCGUCAGUCCCUGGAUUGUCACGAUGGAGUUCUACGGAAAGAAUGACCUCACACUAGGAAUAUUCCUGGAGAGAUACUGUUUCAGGCCAUCCUAUCAGUGCCCCAGUAUGUUCUGUGAGACUCCCAUGGUGCACCAUGUGCGGCGGUUUGUCCAUGGCAGUGGCUGUGUUCAGAUUGUACUGAAGGAGCUGGACUCUCCUGUGCCUGGAUACCAACACACCAUCCUCAACUACUCCUGGUGCCGCAUAUGCAAACAGGUGACUCCUGUGGUGCCCCUGUCCAAUGACUCGUGGUCCAUGUCCUUUGCUAAGUACCUGGAACUGAGGUUCUAUGGUCACCAGUAUACCAGGAGGGCUAAUGCUGAGCCCUGUGGCCACUCCAUCCACAAAGACUACCACCAGUACUUCUCCUACAACCAGAUGGUGGCCUCAUUCAGCUACAUCUCAGUGAGACUGCUGGAGAUCUGCCUCCCUCCUCCUAAGAUCUUCAUCAGAAACCAGGGGCCCUCCAAGGGCAGCAUGCAGCAGGACCUCAAGGACUUCUCACAGAAGGUGAAUCAGGUGUACCUGGCCAUAGAGGACCGCCUCACCUCCCUGAAGACGGACACCUUCAGCAAGACACGCGAGGAGAAGAUGGAGGACCUGUUUGCACAGAAAGACAUGGAGGAGGCAGAGCUGCGUAGCUGGAUAGAGAAGCUGCAGGCUCGUCUCCAGGCCUGUGGUAGUGACUCUCCCCAGCAGCUCCAGACUGUAGUGGAGUCAGUGGUAGUGAAGAAACAGAGCCUGUGUGAAACACUGCAGUCCUGGAACAGCAGGCUGCAGGACCUGUUCCAGCAGGAGAAGGGCAGGAAGCGGCUGUCUGUCCCAGCUAGCCCUGGGAGACACAGACAGACAGACGACAGCAAGACAAGUGCUCUGGAGUCCUCUCCACGCAACCCCUCCCCUGUGGUACAAAACGGUGACAAAGAGGACCGUCACCUCUCUGCCCUGCCCUCCAGCUCUGGGUCGUCAUUGCUAACAUUACCGUCACCAGGAGAACCAGGCUCAGAACCCCUCUCGUCUGGACCGUCCUUCCCUGACCAGGACUCCGUCAGCAUCCCAGAGGAUGUGUUUGAUGGACACCUGUUGGGCUCCAACGACAGCCAGGUGAAAGAGAAGUCCACCAUGAAGGCCAUUCUAGCCAACCUGCUGCCAGGAAACAGUUACAACCCCAUCCCAUUCCCAUUUGACCCAGACAAGCAUUACCUGAUGUAUGAGCAUGAAAGAGUGCCCAUAGCCGUGUGUGAGAGAGAACCCAGCUCCAUCAUCGCAUUCGCUCUCAGCUGUAAGGAGUAUAAGACCGCUCUGGAUGAGCUGUCAAAGACAACGGUGAAGGCAGGAGGCGAGGAUACCACCCAAACCAUCAGCUCUGGAGAGAGCCGGGCCAAGAACAGCCCAGCCAAGCCCAAUGAGACAUCCUCCUCCCAGAUGGGUCUGGGCCGCAGCAGCAUGGACUCUGACCCUCUCAAAGAUGCAGACAUAGGAGACAAGCAUAAGAAGUCAGCAGGAAACCCUCAUAUCGAAUUACAGUUCUCUGACGCCAAUGCUAAGUUCUACUGCAGGAUUUACUAUGCAGAGGAGUUCCACAAGAUGAGAGAGGAGAUCAUGGCGAGUACGGAGGACGACUUUGUCCGCUCGCUCUCCCACUGCGUCAACUGGCAGGCCCGCGGCGGCAAGUCUGGGGCCGUCUUCUACGCCACAGAAGAUGACCGGUUCAUCCUGAAGCAGAUGCCCAGACUAGAGGUUCAGUCCUUUCUGGACUUUGCCCCUCAUUACUUCACCUACAUCACCGGAGCUGUGCAGCAGAAGCGACCCACUGCCCUGGCUAAGAUCCUGGGUGUGUACCGGAUCGGCUACAAAAACUCCCAGAACAACUCAGAGAAGAAGCUGGAUCUGCUGGUCAUGGAGAACCUGUUCUAUGGCAGGAAGAUGGCCCAGGUGUUCGACCUCAAGGGUUCUCUGAGGAACCGCAACGUCAAGACCGACUCUGGGAAGGAGAGCUGUGAGGUGGUUCUGCUGGAUGAGAACCUACUGAAGCUGGUCCAUGACAACCCUCUGUACAUCAGAGCCCAUUGCAAGGCCAUCCUGAGGGCGGCCAUACACAGUGAUGCCUACUUCCUGUCUAGUCACCUGAUCAUAGACUACUCUCUGUUAGUUGGACGAGACGACGCCACAGACCAGCUGGUGGUGGGAAUCAUAGAUUACAUUCGGACAUUCACAUGGGACAAGAAGCUGGAGAUGGUGGUGAAAUCCACAGGGAUCCUGGGGGGGCAAGGUAAGAUGCCCACGGUGGUGUCCCCGGAGCUGUACCGAUCCCGUUUCUGUGAGGCCAUGGACAAAUACUUCCUCAUGGUGCCUGACCACUGGACAGGUCUGGGGGUCAACUGCUAACUGACACCAGGGAGCUAGCCUGAGUCCCAGAUCUGUUUGUGUCGUCUAGCCAAUUACUAUGUCAUUGUCACGGCACGUUUGGCAAGACAGCAUAAACGGAUCUGUGACUUAGCUGCUAGCUACAGAACACAUGGGCAUCAGUUACCAGGGUGGACAGGAGACCACAAUGCAGAAAAACCCUUAGCCCUAUAAGGAACCAUAAAAGCACACUGGAUGGAUUGAUGGAUGAAGACGGAAUAGAAUAGAAGAAGAGUAAUGAAAAAAGAUGGCUGUAAUGCAAAGGAAAGCAUGGCCAGUGUACAACGACUCAAUCAUUCCAUAAUAAUAGUAUCUACCACAGACAGAGCUGCAUAACCGUUAUAUCAGCCUGUAAACGAGUGACUCUUCAGUAUUAUUGGAAGUCAUGACUGGGCCCUAAUAACAGGCCAGAGUUUAUCCUGGCAUGGAAAGGAAAGAACUCCCGUCCCUAUCAUGACAUUAUUUCCCUGAGGGGAUUAAUGACCUUGAAGUACCAAGAUGUCCAACUGUUUCACGAGGACACAGUGAGAUAGCACUGAAAAACAAAUCUUACUUGGUGGUCCUAGUUUGGUGAACAAAUUAAUCGAUGUGAUGUAAAAGUUUGUAAAUGUACAGAGAUUAUGUAAUUAAAGAUUAUUAACACUGA